AUGGCGACCACUAGCUCUUCCUCGUCCUCGGUGACCAAGGACCGCCACGGCGCCCUGGUAGCCCAUCUGCGCGAAGGACAGAUCCUGGCCCCACAAGCAGGAGACAACAUGGACCACCAGUUCCUGAGGAAGGCUGUGUCCGUGAUCUUCAGGAGCUUGGCGGACUCAGCCAGAAACAUUGUUAUAUACACCGACGAUGAUGGGCAUCACACCAAGGACAAAGUGGCAGCUGUGAUGAAGACCUCACUUCUCACAUUGGUAGUCCUGCUUGUUCGUCCUUCUAGCGAAGGACAGAUCCUGGCCCCACAAGCAGGAGACAACAUGGACCACCAGUUCCUGAGGGAGGCUGUGUCCAUGAUCUUCAGGAGCUUGGCGGACUCAGCCAGAAACAUUGUUAUAUACACCGACGAUGAUGGGCAUCACACCAAGGACAGAGAGCGCGAGGCGCGGAGGUCUCCGAACCAUGAGGCUGCUGCUGGCGACCGCCUGCGUGCUGGCGCUGGCCCUGCGCUCGUCUGGCGCCCCAGGUACCGUGUCCCCCCACAUCGCUCCAGGGACUCCUUCUGGUGCUGCUGCCGGGGCAGACACCGCCCUGGUCCCACGCCCCAGGCGGCGGCUGGGGGCGGCGCUACGACGACGCCCGCCCCCGGAGGAGCGUCUGCAGCGUGUGCGGCGGCGGCGGCUACACGGCCCAGGGCUACGGUGGCGGCGGGGACGGCUACGGCUACGGGGGCGGCACCGGCCCUGGGGGCGGUGGAGGCGGAAGCUACGGGCCGGGCGAGGGCUACGGCUACCGCGGUGGCUACGGGCCCGGAGGCGGCGGGGGCGGGGGCGUCGGCCCGCAGGGGGGCUACGGGUCCGGAUACGGCGGCGACCUCGCUUCCGGCGGCGGCGGGGGCGGCGGGGGCGGCGGGCCGGGAGUCGGCUACGGCUACGGCGUGGGAUACGCGCCGGCGCAGGCGGGAGGAAGCUACGGCUGCCUCCAGUGCGGCGGGGGCGGCAGCUACGCCGCCAGCCUGUCCUCUGCCUCCAGCCACAGCUGGGGGCGCUGACGCCCGCUACGAUUCCUUCCGCCGCCUCACAGUCACACAUUCACACCCUCGCACAUUCACACCCUCGUACAUUCACACAUGCACACCCUCGCUCAUUCACACAUUCACACUUUACAUUCACACCCUCGCAUAUUCAGACCCUCGUACAUUCACACAUUCACACCCUCUCACGUUCACACCCUAACACAUUCACACCCUAUCACAUUCACACCCUAUCACAUUCACACCCUAUCACAUUCACACUCUACCACAUUCACACCCUAGCACAUGCACGUAUUCACAUUCACACCCUCGCACAUUCACGCAUUCACAUGCACAACCUUUCAUAUCUACACUAAGGAAAAUCGUUCUUUUGCAUCCAACAAAAUUUGUUUGUAACAACAGGUCCGUCUUUUAUUUACUGCUUAUUAACAUCUGUUUGUCAUAACUUUAUUUUUUUCCAAUAGAAAUUUUACCGUUGUAGAAAAAUAAACAUUAUUUCAUGAACAUUUAUUAAUUAUUUAUUCAAACCACCAUGAAUUUGUUUCUAAGACCCAUUUUAAUGAUUUACAAGUUGUUUGUACCAUACCUACUCCUGGAAUAUGAAAACAGGUACACUGUAAGAUAUUUCUUAUACUUUUUACAAGGAAAAUCCUUGCCAACGAUAUCACUUGUAAAACUGCAAGGCAGAGCUGGUUAAAAUUGCAAUUGGCACAAAGCUAUGCAUUGUAGUGUUGCAAGUAAUAUCGUUGGCAACUGAGUGUACAAGGAUAAUCCUUUUAAAAGUAGAAAAAAUUUUACAGUGUUAAAUUGGUCCUGUUAGAGAACUGUCACAUCCCACAGUGGACCUUAAUGCAAUAAAUACCAAGCUUCGUUGGCAUACGUCCGGGAGUUAGAAAACAGAUAAUUCACGGGUGACUGUUAGUAAUAUUGUAUAGCAUGGUUCGUACGUCAACUCCUAAACAAAUUUACGACAUACAAGUAUGGAUGUAAAUAGAAUCUUGAAUAUAUAUAAACUUGUUUUUAGAUUCACAGCAGAAACUGAUAGAACCAUUGUGAAUUGAAAACUCUCUUUAAGUCUUCAGCAUAAUCACGUAGGCUAAAGGAGCGAGGUAGAAUAUUUAUCAUUAAAAUGACAUAAUUGUUGUGAUAUACGAAAUAGUUAGUGUCACGUUCAAAACUAAUGGGUAAAUUUGAUCUUUUAUGUCAUCGCCUGUUAAAUAAAUAUGUUAUUUAUACAACAAAUCAUGCAAUUGUUAAUGUUAUUCAAUAACUAUUACAAGAAAUAAAAAGGCUUAUAUUAAUAUUAA